AUAAUGUAUCAUUUCCUUCCUAUCUCUAGAGUAUUUGUAAACAAGCAAAUUUUCUUUUUUAUUUUGAAACGUACAAAAUUUUAAAGUGUUUAGAGAACUAAUUGAAAAACACUGCCUAACGAUUCGCAGAAUGGCGUGGCGCUCAGUUGGUGCUGACAAUGCGGACUUGAUUAGGAAGAUGAGAGAUUUUGGUGUGAUUGCUUCAGAUAAUGUGGCCCAAGCAAUGAUCAAAACAGAUCGAAAGUAUUAUUCUCCCAGAAAUCCGUAUAUGGACGCACCACAGACAAUCGGAUAUGGCGUUACAAUAUCCGCUCCACAUAUGCAUGCUUUCGCAUUGGAAUAUCUGCGUGAUCAUCUACGUCCUGGUGCCCAUGUCUUAGAUGUUGGCAGUGGUUCAGGUUAUUUAACGGCUUGCUUUUUACGAUAUAUUGAAAACAAAGGAGACGAACCUAAUACACGUGUUAUUGGAAUUGAACAUCAGCCAGAACUUGUAAAACAAAGUUUGCAGAAUCUCAAUACUGAUGAUCCAAAGAUGCUUGAUUCGGGAAAGCUUAUUAUUGUUGAGGGCGACGGUCGGAAGGGUGUACCAGAGCAUGCUCCUUAUGAUGCCAUUCAUGUAGGAGCUGCUGCAGCCGUAACACCAAAGCCUCUUUUAGAGCAGUUGGCAAAUGGAGGACGGUUAAUUGUUCCUGUUGGUCCAGAAGGGGACGAACAAUAUAUGACUCAGUAUGAUAAAGAUAGUGAGGGAAAAGUCAAGGAAACUCGUCUCAUGGGGGUUAUGUAUGUGCCGCUCACUGAUUUGCAUCGGUCUUGACUUGCUUUGGCAUUCAAAGUAGGCAUCGUCGUGUUACUACUGGGAUUUAUAGCUUACCGGUUAUGGGUAGGACUACGUGAUAGAGGAAAAAUAUAAAAAAAUUUAAAAUAUGUAUUAGAAAGAAGACGCUACUAGUGACUGUAUGAGAGGCUUUAUUUAUUUGUUUAUUUAUAGCAUGCAUCCAUCUUUGAAAUAAUGUUUACUUUAUAAUUAAAAGUUUAUUCAGCUUAAAA